AUGCAAGAAGAAGCUAUAAGACUCGAUUUUUUUAUUUCUUUUUCGCCUAUUAAAGAACAUGAAUUGAAUUCUUUGGAAAACUACUAUACACAAAGUGAUCACUUGAAGCUAUACUAUGGCGAAUCCUUCUACGUAAAUGUUGUUGUUUCGAAGCCUUUACACGUAAAAUUCGAUCAAGCUUUUGAUAAAUUCAACAUUGAGGGAAAUUUGUACAGCAACUCCUCCAGCAAUCGUUCGAAUUCAUCAACCAACUUUCGAAAAACGAGAGCUUUUACUUCUACGACAAAGGAUUCAACGGCUCUGAAUUGGAUCAACAAUGAGAGAGAAUACAAACUCCUUUCAUGUCUCAUAAAGCUAGAUAACUUUUCUUUUCCGGAUCAUAAGCUAGAAAUUUACGUCAAUAAUGAAGGCAGUCAUCAAAACUCAAGCCAAAGUUCAUUAGAAUCGGAAUCAGAUGCUACAAGAGACAUGUCUUCUUAUAAUGGAAAUGAUGAUUAUAUAACAGAUGCUGAUAUAGACUACAACAUUCUGGGAUCUCUUUCUAAUGAUGCUCGGUUUCAAGCGAAUCCACCACUCCUUCCAGCUUCGUAUAUAUCCGGAAACAUUCAGAUGGACGACACGAAAUCACAUCCAAAUUACAUUUCAAGAAAGCGCUAUUUUAAUUGUGCUAUCCCAGUUUUGAUAAAGUUAAACGCUUAUAUGAUCAAUGAGGUAAAUCAGUAUAUCACUUGCAUACUUGCACCGGAUACUUCCUGCCAUAGCUUCAUUCUUAAAAACUUUACGUCUAAAUCAACCUCUUCGAGCCUUUCCCUUUUGGGUCCAAAAUAUGAUGAUGGUUUCAACGCAACACUAACAGGCUCCGACUUGUUUUCUAUCGUUUAUCAAAUGAAAUUACAACCAUCCGCUUAUAGAAUUGAAAUUGAAUGUGUUUGCGAAGGAACUAUUGUGCGAAAACUCAACGGAGCUUAUGUGCAUGGUAUGCCGUUUUUAUAUAAGCAUCCCACGAUGUUUGUUAUGCGAAAGAAUCAUCUGCAUAAACAUUCUAAGCAAAUAUCUAGUAAUGAAUCGAUGACAACUCCGACGACGCUAUUGAAUUUGCUUGAUGUGUCUGCAACCGUCCCUUCCUACGUGAAAGCUGGCACCACCUUUCCAGUCAGUAUCAACUUGUAUAACCCUUCAGACGUACCUAUAGAACUUGUCGUGCAAGUUCCACUCUAUAGUUACGACGAGUUUUUCAUUAAUGAUAACAAUGAAGCCAACAAUUCCAAAAUAAAUGAUGGGUUAUCUUCAUUUCCUCCAACCAAGCCUGAUCAAAUUAUCAAGCUUCCAGGUCUAAUUGCUUCCACUACCAAUUUCCAUACUGGGAUUAUUUCGCCGAAAUGCGAAAAAGAUUUUGAAUUACAAUUUCUUGCCUACAGGCCCGGGUCUUAUGACUUGUCCUCCAUAACUGUGAAAGACGUUCAUCGACAUCAUCAGAAGCCUAGGGGACUAUCGGAGGCCCUACAAAUCAUUGUUGAGUCAUGA